AUGACUGUUCCAAGGAUAGAGGAUGCCCGCGAGGCCGUGACAAAGAAGAACUAUAAGAAGGCGGAACAAAUCUAUACUGAAAUUUUGGACGCAAAUAUCGUCGACGCACAUAUUAGAAAUGAGAAACUUAUUGAAACACAAGAAUCAGGAAUACAGGAGUUGGGAGAGCUUUAUCUCCUUCAAGGAAAGAAAGGGGAAUUGGUUCAGCUGGUUUCCAAAGCACGUCAAACGAUGGGCUCUUUAGCGAAAUCCAAGACUGCCAAAAUCAUCAAGAAUUUAAUUGAUCUCAUUGAACAUUCCGAAUUUGAUGAUGCAGUCACGGCCACCAUUAAGGUGACACAAGAAUGUAUUGAUUGGGCUAUUGAGGAAAAGAGAAGUUUUUUGAGACAAUCGUUGCAAAUUCGUCUAGCUUCUCUCUUUUACAAAAGUAAAGAGUACAACAGUUCCUUAGCAAGGAUCAAUGAACUUCUCAAAGAAUUCAAGAGGCUGGACGACAAGUUCUCCUUAGUGGAGGUACAGCUUUUGGAAUCAAAAAACUAUUUUCAACUAAAAAACUAUGCAAAAUCUAAGGCUGCAAUCACUUCUGCUAGAACCUCAGCUAAUUCGAUUUAUUGUCCAUCACCGUUACAAGCCGAACUGGAUUUGGUUAGUGGGGUCUUACAUGCAGAAGAGAAAGAUUUCAGCACAGCAUUCUCUUACUUCUAUGAAGCUUUUGAAAACUAUCAGAUCCAUACUGACCCGAAGAAGACAAUCAAGGUACUGAAAUACAUGCUUUUGUGCAAGAUCAUGUUAGGAUCAAUUGACGAUGUGACAUCCCUUUUGAACAACAAAAAUAUAUCGAAAUUUUCUCAUGAGAAGGAAGUUGAAGCCAUGAAAUCUGUUUCUGUGGCGCAUUCCAAUAGAUCUCUCAAGGAGCUUGAAGAUUGCUUGAAGUCUUACAACGCCGAACUUACAGAAGAUCCAAUCAUCAGGUCUCACCUCUCUGAUUUGUAUGACUCAUUGUUCCAACGGAAUUUGCUCAAGCUCAUUGAGCCUUAUUCCUGUAUUGAGAUAUCUCAUAUCAGUGCAAUGAUCGGCCUACCUAGAAACAUCAUUGAAACCAAAUUGAGCAAUAUGAUAUUGGAUAAGACAUUUUUUGGUGUUCUCGAUCAGGGAAAUGGAUGGCUUGUGAUUUACGAUGAACCUCAGCGGGACGAAACAUAUGAUUUGAAUUUGAAUGUGAUUAAAACUAUGUCGGGCGUCGUCGAUCUCCUAUACGAGAAGGCUUCGUCAAUAGCAUGA